AGUGUGUGUGCAGGACACGGCCGCGAACGCUCCGCUCCGCACGUCGCGCCGCCGCCGCAACCAUUUUUAACCUCAAAAUAAAAACCACACACACACACACAUACACAAAUACACGCACGCGCGCGCGCGCACACACACACUACUCGCGCACAUAACCAACAAACAAUUGUAACAUAACCUCAAACGUAGUAACACAAGUCAAGCGAUAACAAAAGCUAUAAGAAAAGAAAAACUAGAAACAAAGUGCGCGUGAUUUGUCUGACUGGGUCUCGUGUGCCGACGCGCGGCGUGUGAUUGGUGGAGAGUGGUGCAGAUUGUUGUUGAUCGUCGAUUGUUUUCGGCCGGUCGGCAACAGCCGCGCGCGCCAACACUACUAAUACAAUUCCACACAACCGAAUAAAUUCUAUACGUACGCACGCCUAUACACUCAUGUGGGGCCGACGUCGCCGCAACAGCAGCAGCAGCAGCAGCCGCCGCCGUCGUUGCUGCCGCAUGUCGUCGUCGUCGCCGCCGCCACAGCAACCGACGUGCUGCACCAAGUCGUCGUGAGCGUCGUCGCGUAACGCGCCACCCUUCGCACGCCACCCUCCUCGCGCCAGUUGCGCCGCGCGUCUCGCUCGAGGAGCGCCGCCUCCGCCUCCGACGCCGCCGCCGCCGCAGCACUCGCGCUAUCGUUGUGUGCAUGGUGUAAAUUACAGUGGCCUCGGAUGAAUCCAAACCAUUUAACGUCUUCUCGUAUGUGGGGGUGACUAAAAGCGUGAUGGGGCGAGGGCAGAGCCCCAUGGAGCUCGGCUAGGUGCGUGUGUCCGGCUGCCCGGCCCCUCUGCCCUCAAGCCGAGUCCGGCCGCCGCAUGGAGCCGGAUAGGGAACGAUGCCACAGGCCUAGUGCCUUUGACAAGAUGGAGGGGCUGGUGCGGGAGAUGCAGGACGCAGACAACGGCGUUCCCGUCCGAAGUCAGAAGAUCUUCCUCACUUCAAUUCCUUCGGCCUUCAUGGGUAAGAGUCAUCAAGCUCAUCAUUCACAGAAGCACUUAGGUUAUGACUUAAUUGAAUGGCUUAUGGACAGACUCAGUAUCGAAGAAUCUGAGGCUCUCAAUAUUGCCAAUCAAUUAUGUCAAUAUGGCUACUUCUUCCCGGUCAGCGACUCUAAGAACUUGGUCGUUAAAGAUGACAGCUCCCUCUAUCGGUUUCAGUCCCCGUACUAUUGGCCAUGGCAAAAUCGUCCUCCCGACCAAGUCGAAUACGCCAUCUAUCUGGCGAAGCGCACACUGCGCAACAAACAGCGGCACGGCCUCGAAGACUACGAGCUGGAGGCGCUCGGCAAUCUGCGCAAGAAUCUCGCCAACAAGUGGGAUUUCAUCACAAUGCAAGCUGAAGAACAGGUUAAACUGGCGAAGGUGUUGAAAAAGGGCGAUAAGAUCGUAAGUGAUUCACAAGAGCGUGCAUAUUGGCGCGUUCAUCGCCCACCCCCGGGAAUCGUGAGCUCCCUUGAGCAAUGCCCUGUUCCCACUCGUUGUCGCAACGGAAAUCGGUCCCGGAAGCGUACUAUAGAAGAUGGCAAACGUGAGGUUGAAUUAUUAAAGAACAGUUUGUCGAGAACGCGUGUCAAAGUGUCGCAAGCUCUAGAAAGCAUGGUGCAAUACGUUGAGACAUAUUCGGAGUACGACCCGCUGAUAGCCGGGACACAACCCUCCAACCCUUGGGUCAGCGAGGAUCUCACCUUCUGGCAGCUCAACGGCCCACUGGUGGAAGCGCCGACGGAAAAACGAGUAAAACGAUGGGGAUUAACCAUAGAAGAGCUGGUUGCGGAUCCCACCGGUCUGCAGGAGUUUACCGCCUACCUGCGCAAGGAGUACAGCCACGAGAACAUCCGGUUUUGGACCGCUGUCAACGAUCUACGACGCUCGGCGGCGAGCCAGAUACAACGAAAAGUGAACGAGAUAUUCGAGGAGUUUCUCGCGCCGGGCGCUCCUUGCGAGAUCAAUAUCGACGGGAAAACGAUGGAGCGCGUCCACCAGGAGAUGAAGACGCCCAGCCGGUUUACGUUCGACUGCGCCCAGGAGCACGUCUACACGUUGCUGCUCAAGAAGGAUUGCUAUCCGCGUUUCAUACGCUCUGAGCACUAUAAGAAUCUGCUAGCGACUGGCAUUCAACCGUCUGCAAAGAAAAGAUUUUUCGGUUUUGGUCCACCGAAGAAGAAAACGUCGACGAGUAGUGCACCAAAUCCUAGUGCACUACUGCAGCAGCAAGCCACGCAGGGUAGCGGUGGCGGCGGAGGCGGCGCUGGCAGCACCGCGCUGACAAAACGACGUGGCAGCGAUCGCAGCCUCUCUGGCUCCGCCCAUGAGCUUGCCGUCUCCGGCGUCAACCGCGACAACCGAGUGCCGCAUUCGCACUCCCAGAGCAACCUCAGCGACAUCCCCUACAGGGGCGACCUGCCCUCCGGCCACUCGAGGUCGACGAAGAUUAUCAUGGCCGUUGUGUGUCCGGUGAAGAAGCCGAGUAUAGCUGUGACGGCAGGCGCUUCUACAUCGGAAGACGUCUGCCCGUGGGAGUCGGGUCCGCGAUCACGCAAGAAUUCCACCGCGUUGGAUUCUAACAGCUCCUCGUCAGAUAUCAGUGUCGCAGUGCAAGACGUCGCCGAACGCCUGAAGAAAAGCCAGCUCACACAACAGAACACCCUCGAUGGCGGUAAAUCCAGCCGUAAGUUGUCGACCGCGACGUGUUUGGAACCGCGGCGUGCGUCCGUUUCGGUACCGCUGGACCGUCGUACCAUGUGCGCGUUUGAGGAGGUGGCGGCUGCCUCUGCCUCUCCUCCCCAGCAACCGGUCGCUAGUGAUGCAGACAAUAAACGCGACGACGAGCCUUCGUCGUCCAAGACGUUCAAAAAGAGUCUCUCGGUGGCGUCAUCAAACGCGCCCACCAUUAGUGUUAGUUCCGUUGCCGAUGACAGCGACCCUCCACCACCAGCAGCAGCGGGUACAUCCGGUCGUGGUCCCGCACCUGCAACUCCAGUGUUGGCGCUUUCUUUAGAAGAGACCGAAAGCGAGUUGGAGUCCGCUGCUGAUGAAGUCGAGCAUGAGGAGUCUACCCUUGAUGAGAGCACUUGUAAAGAAAUCAUUGUGGUACAUCCCCCUGACAUUCCCGCUGCUGAUAACAUUGGUAAACCGGAUGUGGUUAAAACAGAAGAGGUGCAACCUUGUUCAUCAAGGUCAUUACCAGUUGGAUCUUCUGGUAAUCAGCUCGUUGCACUCGCUCCGCUUGCGGAGCCAGACAGCGAGUCCCCAAUUAGUGAACACCCUCCGGAGAUCUACUGUUACGGCACUGGUAUGGAAAUUGAUGAUACCAUCGAUGACCCACCUGCGGAUAUUUCCGGCGCUAGUACAUCAACACCUCCCAAAACCACCACCACCGUUGAGGAAGAGAAGGAAGCCAAAAACACCAAAACCAACACAAAACCUUCUAGCGGUGCAAGUGGUGGUAGCGAUGGACCAUCACAACAACCCUCCGCUCAGACCAGUACUGGCGAGGAUGAGGCGAGAGCCAACGACGUGUGUCCCUGGGAGGAUGAGGAAACACAAUGCAAUGAUGGUUCUUUUAAGAAGACAUAUACCACUCUCGGGUUUCUCUAAACACAAACAAAAGCAAACUACUUUUUCCUCCCUCUCUCUCUGUGUAUAUCUCAGUCUGUUACUUGCUCACAAUAUUCUACACAAACAUCGAGAAAUGACAAACCGGAAAACAAAAGAUGACAGCUUCACACACAUCUCUUCGAUCAAUCAAAUCACGCCACGACACAUUGAGUCAAGUGUAAACAUAGGUUGGAAAGAAAACGAGUGGCAUGUUUGAAUCAAGCAUAACCUCAAAAAUCUACAUCUGUCACUCACAGAAAGGUAAAUUAAGGUUAAAACACAUGAAAUACAACAAGAGAAAACAUUACAGAAUGAAAAAUUAUAUUACUUAUUGCUCUUUAAAAGAAUAAGAAAAAUCUUGAAAGAAAUGAUGAUGAAUUGUUGGUAGAAUUGAUUGAUUCUGUUAUUUAAACUUUACCGAACGUAUGCAGCGUAACCGUAAAAUGGAAACAAAAAUGGCUUGGUGAUUUGGACCAAGGUGCGUGUUAUACGGGCAGGCAAACUCAAAUUCUAACCUAACUUAACGGAAUUCUGUGUGUUUUACAUUUGUGCGGCACGCCACUGCUCGUUCACCAUAUUGAGCCCUUGGUUUUCGACAGUUGCGUCCGCAUCUAAAACACACAAUAUUCUCAAAAUUCUAACGUUGGGCAAUUAAAUUAAAUAAAUUUUCGAACAAACAGCAAAACCAACAUUAUAAGGUUGAGCGAUGCCUUUAUAAUUGCAGCACAUAAAAGAAACAAAGUUUAAUAUUAAUUCACGUAAUAUUAAUUAUUGAUCAUAAUUGUCGGCUAAGAACUUAAUUAAUUACUAGAUUAAUUAAUAAUGAGUAAGCGGUGUUAGGAGAUUAAUUAACACACAGUGUCAUCACUUAAAAUGUCAUGUGGAUAAAUGUCUUACGCGAUAAGUAGAUUCUAGAUGCUAGAUGAGUGCAGGACAGCGCAGCACUGCUACCCGACGGCAGAUGGCGCGCGCGUUCUGCAUUAGAUUAGACAAUAGACGAUUAUGUGUUUAUCGUAUUUACGCUACAUUGUUGUAAAAGUAAUCUAGGUGUCUAAUAAUCAACUAAAAAAAUUGUUGGCGAUACGGUGCAGUUUCGCCAACAGCAAAAAAAAAAUCAUUAAAUUUACGGAUUGAUCUACACACGGCCGCUUAUCGACAAGAUGGCGGUCGUCGACAAAAAAUGGCGGAACUCUAGUUUCGGGAUUAGACACAAUUAGACGUGAGACGUGUUUAGGCGUAAUUAUUGUGUAAUUAUUCGUUGUGACGAUACAAAAAUGUUUAAAUGUCUACAUGUUCGAUGUUGUGCUAAUUAAUUAAUUAUAUCGUACGAGUAAUUUACAGUGGAAGCAUAAACAGAACACACAAAAAACAUUUUUACCAACUGAAGCUGUCAAAAUUGUUUUGACAGUUGAACAUUCACGGUAAACGUACUUAAUUGAGGUUAAGUAUGUGAAAGUUUUAACAUGACACGCGAUUGCAAAUGUUUAAUAUUACUAAGUGUGUUUGAUGAUACAAAAUGUAAACGUAAAUGUACUGUAAUGUUUAAUAUUAUCGACUACGAUCGGCUAUUAAGAUGUAUGAUUAUGACAAACAACAAAACAAAUGUGGAAAACAAAUUAGUUGCGUUUGUGUGCUGACGGUAGAGUUUAAAUUGCUUAGAAACAAAACAAAUCGGAUGGUAACCUAAAAAUAACUUUAAAAGAGCAAUGAGUAAUGUGGAAAGUAUACUUAGAGUUUAUUUUUUGAGAAAUGCUUGAUUCAAGCUUGUGUGACGCCAUUUUGUCCAUCAAUAUUGUUAAUAAGUCUAACGUCAUUUCCGGUUUUAUCUGUAUAAUCAACAGAACAAAAUUCAGAGAUGUGUUCAAGACAAGAGGAGUUACACCUAUAUAACAUGACAUAACCUAACUUUACUUAACAAAACUUUAAUCUUUCGUUGCGUUUGAAAAUGUCUCAAGUGGCUUUCGUCAUUUGCCAAUCACAAGAACUAAUCAGUACUCAGAAAUAAUCAAGAAUGUUUGACAAUAUUAAGAUUAGUCGCGUAUCGGUUGACUAGUCCAAUGUUUUGGUUAUGUUCACAAAACAACAUCCACUUGUAAACUAAUUGGAGAACGACGGAGAUGAUUAUUGAAAUCACACCGAGAGCGACUUGGUAGAAGCACAAAAAUGAACGUUUCUGUCCAAACAACAAAAAUUAAAUUAAACUAAAACAAAUAAUAUAAGCUUUGUAUUACCGAUUACCGAUAUAAUUAUAUACACAUAGAGACAUUCGACUUAAGAAGAAUUUAAGCAGACAAUUUGAAGCAUAUGAAAAGUACAAAAUUGAGACGCGAAUCAACCUGAUGGACAGGUGAAAAUUAAUUGAAACGUGCAGAAGCAGCUCAAUCUGGUGUUACAUUUGAGGUUAGAAACAACCAUGUGAUGUGAGGUUAUGACGGCUUGAAGUUUUCAGCAUUUGAAACGUGAAAACAAUUUGAAAGAUAUUCGAAUCAUGUUAAUGUUAAGCCAUAAGCGAUGUUGAUAUAAUCAAACAUUUAACACAAAUAUGAUACAAGCAAGUGGUUGUAAUUGUUUAGAAAGACAUUACUUAGAUAGGAAUCUAGAGACAAAUUUAAUAACUGUAUUGGUAUAAUGAUUAGGCGCAUUGGUCGAUGAAUAAACUUAAAAGUUUUAACAUUCAUCAAUACUCAUCAGUAGAAUCUAACCUAACAGUUGAUCUAACCUAACUAACCUUUACAUAACCUAAUCUAACCUACAUUCAUUGAUGUCUGUUAAAACUUUGCGAUGAGUUUGUUUGCAAAUGUAAACACUGGUAAGUGAUAUGAGAUUUAAAGUGAAAUAUGUUUAAUGAAGUAAAAUGAGAUUAAAUGAAAUUAAGAAAAUUAGAAAAAAAGCUUAUUUAUUGUUAAAAAUUUAUUGAUAUGUAAGUACUGCUAGUUGAUAUGAUAGAGAAUAUGAAAUUAUUGACAUGAUAAUAAACGACCUAUAAAAACAUGAUCAUUUUUUAAUAAGAGUUUGAAUGAUGAAAGCGCAAAGAAGAUGAUUUUACGUUUCGUUUUUUUGCUUCGACAAGAAAGUAAAAAGCGUUGAAAAGUUCCAACACAGGCCUACAUCUCAACUAAACAACCAAUGAACAAACAAAAAUCGUUCAAGACAUAUGUAAGAACAAUGUUUAAUGAUAAAUCACAUAUUAAAUGGACGGAGCAUUGCGCAAAGUUAGUUUACGCAAGGUUUACGAAGGUGUAAAGUGAAUAUAGAAUAAAUGACAAACAACUGACACUUAAGGUGCUUAUAUUUACUACAUUUACGAUGAGAAUUUAAAACAUUACAUGAUAACAUCAAAUGUGCUUUACUCUUAUCGAUAAACGUGAGAAUACCAAUUUUAAACUUUGGUAAGAUUAGCAAAACGUAACACACAUUCUUAGAUCAGCGACUAUUAAGAAACUAAGCGUUAGAUGAAUAAAAACCAAACAAAAAUCAACAAAAACAAGUAAAAAGUAAAAAAAGUUGUGAGCAUUUUGUCUUAAUCGCCUUAAGUGUUUUAUCUCUGACUCAUUCUUCUUCGAUAAACUCUAAGGAAACAAAACAUUUCGAUUCAUUCUAUUUGAAUCAAGAAAUCAAGAAAUGGAUGGUGGUAAACUCAAGUUGUAAGUUGUAUUUAUUGUAUUUGUGUACAUACGAUGAGGAUAAGUGAAAACAUGAUAUCGAAACAAACUCUGUGUCUAAUUCUAUUUAAAUUUAUAUUUCUACAAAUGCAUUUCUUUAUUUAAAUAACUUCACAUACCUUGCACAAAGGUAAAAAUUGUCUUUCAACUAAAAAAAACUUCAUUCUGUAAACUUUAAUUUUCAGCCCGUUUGUGUACAUUUAAGGUUAACAUUUGAGGUUAAGGUGAACAAGGAUAACAUUUGCUAGUUGUAUAUAGUUUUAUAAUCGUGGCUAUAAAUUAGAAAACAACACACAACACACAAACACACUACACACGCAUAUUAAAUUUAAAUAAACAAAUACAAUUACAAUGGAUAUAAAAUAAAUGGUGUUAUUAAGAAGAAAACAUUAAUUGUAUUAGCUCUACGAUUACGUGAACGAUAUCACGCAGAGAAACUGAAACGCAAACACAUGAAUGAUUUCAUAAUACGAUUGAUAAGAAUAUUAAUAAUUACGAAUACCUACAUAGACGAGAUUCGAUUUAGUGUGUGACAGAAACAAAACAAACAUCUACACCCACACACAUUUACAUGCAACAUAGUGUGGUAUACAACAAACGAUGUGUAAAGAUGAGAAUAAAUGGUGCAAGCAUAUAAACAAAUUACAAAUUACACUGAAACGGAUCGACGGAUCACAUUUAACGAUGUAAUAGAAUUAACAUUAACAACUGAGAAUCAACAUGACAAUUGUUAAUAAGCCAAUGUUAUUAUGAAUUAAUUCAUUGUAGAAAAUAAAGCAAAAAUUAUGAAAUGUUA